CUUACCAAUCACUAGGAUUACAUUACCACCGAAACGAAGGUCGUACUUUUAAAUAGGAAUAUUUCCUUUACAUUUUUAUAAAAAUGACGGGUUAUGAUAAAGUUAUUGUUAUGACUCUUAUUCUGAUAUUCGGUUUGAAUGGCAUACUUACCACGUGCAGGAAACGUUGCAGAGAAAAUAACCCAAAGCCAUGUGAAGAUGGAUAUGUUUGCAAAGAAGAUAACGCCAAAGUUCCGGUAAAGAGAUGCUUUGAGUCAGUUAAAGAUUUCCAAUGCAGCGAUGGUUCCCGGGCGAAGGAAUGCGACUGUAAUGCCGAGUGUAGUAACAGCCUGGACGAAGCGUCAUGCAAUUGCACAGAAUAUAGUGAGGAAUUUGUAAAAAUUCCAGGAUACUUCAUUUCUGGUUAUACUGUCGGCUCUCGUAUUACAGUAUCUACAGACCAACAAUGCAAUGAACAUUGCUUAACAAAUGCCGAAUGUAAGAGCUUUGAGAUCGCGACGACAUACCAAUAUUGCUAUCUAAACUCUAUAGCUCCAGCGGAAAUGAAUGAAACAAACUUAAACAGAUUUAAAGAGAGCGACAUAUACAACCUUUUCGUGAAAAAAUGCAAAAACUGUGUAAAAUAGAAAUAAAAAAGAUCGUCGAUUGAAUUUUGCCAAAUGCUGUCCUUUUGUUCAUCAUUUUAUACCUUCUAUUGGCUUAUAGCAAGUUGUAACGAGCAACGAUUUCUAUCCUUAAUAGAAAAGUUUUGUUUUGUCGAAGAAGUAAUAUAUCCAUAGAAAAAUUUUAUUCAAGAGAAAAUCAGUGUUUGAGAUAUGGAUGAAUUUAUGCUUAUCCUUAGCAACGUGGAAAAUAGACUAUUUCUUUAGCCUUGUGAUUAUAGGUGUUUUUGUGAAAAAAAAAAUGCAAAGAAUGUUAUAAAAUGGAAAUACCAAAGAUCUUUGAUUGAAGUUGAACCAGCUUUAAAUGUUUUCAUCAUUUUAUUAAUUCAACUGAGUUAUAUUAAGUAGCAGCGAUCAACGAAUUCUAUCCCAACGAGUAAUGUUUUGUAUUAUUUAAGAAAUUACAAAGAUUUAUC